AUGUCAGACAGCGAUCGUGCAACGAAUGGAUCCCAAGAGUUGGCGAUGUACAGCGACAAAAAGGCUGCCGUCCGUGUCUACGAUCCUCUCUGUGCUCUGGCGUAUGACAAUCAGCUUGCCAACAACCACGACCAGGAGGCUCAUGCUCCUCCGGCCAACACACAGCCGGACGGCGUUCAAGUCUACAAGGUAGCGAUGGAUCUCGUCGAUCGCGUCAACAGGAACGUGCGCAACCACCGGAAGCCGAGCUCGCGAUUCGGAAUCGGUCGUCAAUUGGGGAGCAGGAUCGAGCAGGAUCGAGUCAACGACAUGGUUCGAGCGUGUGGUCUGCUCCUCGGUCGGCUUGGAGCGCAUCGAGGUAGUGCGGAUCGAGGUGGCCAGGAUGUCAACCGAUGCGAUUGGAUUGAGAUCCACGUUCCGAUCAGGCUUUUGACAGGAAUGUGGGGCUCCAUGUCGGAUACCGUCUGGGAUGCGGAGCCGGUGUAUGGGGCGCUAGCGCAGGACGAUCUUGCCUCACGUGGGAUAGAGUGGCCGUAG